AUAUUUUUACAUUAGUUUGGCCGAUCAUCCUUCAGACUGACUUGACCGCUCAUAUAAGACAGGCAGUCAACUAUUAGUUAGGUAUAACUAUAAGGCUAUUGAAAACUCCCAGAUAUGCAUAGUUCAAAUUAAUUCACAGUAUCACCGCGUAGUAUAGUAGUAGAAUAUCCCAAUAAACCCAAGAUGCGCCCUCAACAAAUCCUCACCUCCCUCAUCUUGCCCGUCACAGCCGUGAGCCUUCCGACAAGCCCAGCCAGCCCGCACACCAGCGAACCUUCACCACCAGCACCGCGCGGCGCGGCACAAACCUGUGGGCUCUACAAAUUUGCCGAGACCCCUAUAAACCCGCCGGCGUGCUGGGCGUGGUACGCACAAACCUCUCAACCGUCCGACUACUGCGGCGCCAGCACUUUCAAAUCUGUCGCCUCUGCCUCGUCGCCAUCAGCAUCCUGGCUCGACUCAUGCGCCUCCCUACGUAACACCCAGAUCAUCUCACCAAGGGACUUUUUCCUGGCGGACUACGCUACCGACAAGUUCAAUACGUUCCUCAUGUCGGGCGACUGCAGCUUCCAGGUCCAGCCUGCGACACCGCCGUCUAGUGACCAGGUCUAUGUUGGUGGCACUGACAUUGCAGACAUCCUCGGGUCCGCCAUAGCCGCCAGUCGAAACGCGGGUGGAAGUAUUGGCAUUGAGGGUAGCAUGACCUGCUCACCUGGUAUUGUACGCUGGAGGAUGGUACCUGUGUAAACGAUUAAUUAAACUCGCCGACUAAGUGAAGAAGACACCCUAGGCUUUAUUCGGUCCACCUUAGCCAGCCUGAAGUUCAAAGU